CAUUAUAAUCCAAAGAAAAAUACCACAUAUAUUUAAGUGUCAUUUUUUCUGUUGUUGUUGUUGUUAGAAGUGUCAAGGAAAUCGUAUACAGAGCCAAUUCUCAGUACUACGUAGACGUAGUAGAUGGCGCUGACUGCCGGUGUGUUGCUCAAAACCCAACAAGAAGGAGGAGUAGAACCUGUUGCUUUUCUGUCAUUGGGCAGAUGCUAUGCUGGGAUUACAAGUGAAUAGUGGAAACAUCAAGAAUGAAAUUAAUCACGAUGAAAUCUGAUUUGUGAAGGCUUAUGAGAUACCUGAAAGCACUGAAAGCUGUGAGGCAUUAAUAGGAAUGAAAUUAGCCCAACCUUCUGCUGAUCACAAAGUAUAAAUGAUUGGAAAAACUGAUGGCAUAUUCAAGAAAGCUUGUAGAAAGAAGGGGGAGAGGCUUCGACGAGAAAACUUUGAUCUUCGAUAAGUCAUCUGUCAAAAGAUAUGGACAAAAUGUGCAAAACGGAUUUCACAAAUUUCAAGCCAGAAGAGAUCAUGCAGGAUCCAGUAAUCAUUCCUGGGAAAGGUAUUCUCAGAACCCUGGAAACAAUAGUGGUUGGAUACAUGACCCUAGAAUUACUCCACCUGAAUAUGAUUCCUAUAAAGUGUCAGGUGCAGUUGAAACUGAAACUACCUAUAGCAGUAAUUUCUCAAUGGGCAGAGGACCAACCCAGUACCAGGAAAGCACGGCUUGGAAUGAUAUGCCGGGCUCUUCAGGAAAUGGCAUUGUGAGAAGUCAACUUUUUUCAAGAACAGGAGAUAGCCAUACUAUCAAUACUAGUGAUACUGCACAAAGAGAUUGGGAUAUACAUAGUGGAGAUUCUGUUGUAAACAAAUUGAAAAAUAAGCAAUAUAAUUACAAUGAAAUACAGUUGUUUAGAAAUCAGGAAAAUGAAAAGUCAACUUUAAAUCAAAGAGUAAUUCCAAGUACAAGUGAAAAUUUUGAUUUUGAGCCAGAGUCAAAUAGUAUAAAUAGUGAAAGACCUUUUAAAUAUGGUCUUGUUCAUUGGACAGAUUGUAAAUAUGCAAAGAUGAAGUUAAACAAAAAUUGUGUGAAACGAUCACCAGGGCUGUCAAAGUUUCUUGAUAGUAACAAGUCAUAUAUCCUCAAAGGCUGUUGGUUAAAAGAAAUUGUACCAAGGAAAAUAGCUAAUCAGGUGCAAAUAAGCCAAGAAAUUAUACCACAAAUGUCAACUACUAAUAUUAGAAAAAGUGUUCAGAGUGCUAAUAGUCAAGGACUGCUAGAUGCUACUAGGAUACAUUCAAAAUCUAAUUGUAUUGGAGCUAAUAAAUCUAUAGUAUCACAAGAGCUGCAAGAGAGCCAGAUUCUCUUAAAUCAAAGAACAGAAAACGAAAGUGCGAAAGCAACCAAAACUGAUGCCCUGUAUAUUAAAGUACAAGAGGAGAACAGGCCAGUUGGUCAUCAGUUAGAAGGAAAUUGUGUAGAUGCCAGCUCUAAGGUAACUCACAUAGAUGACACCAGCUGCAAGGUGACUCACAUAAAUGAUACCAGUUCUAAGAUGGUUCUCAAAGAUAACACUAGUUCCAAGGCAACUCAUAAAGAAUCCACCAGUUCCAUGGUGACCCAGAAACAUAAAAAGGUAACCAUUGUGACUCCUGAAGUUAGCUCUAGUAUGAAGGUGUCUUGCAAAGGUGUCUCUAGUUCCAAAGUGACACACAAAGAUGACACCAGAUCCAAUAUGACUCACAAAGAUUACACCAGUUUCAAGGUGACUCAUGAAGAUGGUACCAGUUUUAAGAAAACUCAUAAAGAGCCCACCAGUGCUAUGGUUACCGAGAAAUUUAAUACCAAGGUGACUCACGAAAGUAACAUUAGUUCGAAGGUGAUUUAUAAAGAUGACAUCAGUUCUAAUAUGGCUCGUGAAAACACCAGCUCCAUGGUGACUAACAAAGAUGAUACCUAUUACAAGGAGACUCACAGAAAUGGCCCCAGUUCCAAGGUGACUCAUCACAAAGAUGGCACAGGUUCCACAAUUCAUAAAGAUGACACCAGUAUAAGGGAGACUCCCAAAGAAGACACCAAUUCCAAGACAACUCACAAAGAAUCUACCAGUUCCAUAAUGACCCAGAAGCAAGACAAGAAUACAAAAGAGAUUCACAAAGGUAGCAUUAGUUCGAAGGUCGCUCACAAAGAUGACACCAGUUCCAAUAGGACUCACAAGGAUGACGCUAGUUCCAAGGUGACUCAUAAAGAUGACACCAGUUCCAACAUGACUCACAGAGAUGACACCAAUUCCAUGGUGACUCAAAACGAUGCCACCAAUUCCAAGGUGACUCGUAAAGAUGACAAUAGUUCCAUGGUGACAUGCAAAGAUGACACAAAUUCAACUAUAUCCCAGAGGGUAAGUGGCAUCUGUUUAAAGGAUAGUCUUAAAAAGGAUAAAGCUAAUUCUAAGAUGGCUUAUAUGGAAACCACUUCAAAGGAAACCCAUCAGAAAGAUGGCAAUACUUAUUCUAAAGUGAUUCAUCCCCAAAAUGUAGGUAAUGCUUUCAAAUUGAAGACUUCACAUCCUAGAUAUGUAGGUACACAAAAAAAUAAAAUUACAAGUCAAGUAAAUCCAGUGACUAUUUGUAAGACUUUAGUAUCAACAGAAAAGAUGGCAGGAAGAGAUGGAAAUGACAGGAAUGCAUCAUGUACUCCACCAAUAUUGAAAGUUAAUUGCAAGGAAAGUGUAAGUGAGGUACCUCAAAGAGUACAGGAAGUCAGAAAUACACCAGGUAAAUAUUGUGAUAAUCAAACCAUGGGAAAUCCUGAAAUAGAUGAUCUGGAUAGUGAGAACAUUGAUAAUAUUAGAGAGAGCAUUAGAACUUUAAUUAAUUUAAACAGUAUCACAGAUGAAUCUGAAAAUACAAAUUGUAUCUUGAGCAAAGGACAAGUUAAACAGAUGAUUUGCAGUAAAGAUGGCAGAAAAAUAACUGAGGGUACCAGUAAAGAGGAUUUAGUGAAUCAAUUAUCUAACAAAAGUGAUUUUAGAAUGAAUAACACAAGGGAAACCCUAGAAAAGACUAAAUGUUCAGAAAAUGUAGGAAAGGCUGAUUCGAGUUCAGGGAAUGCAAGGAAAAGGAAGCAUGCAGACAGCACAGAAAAAAUAAGAGGCAAGGAUAUAGAAUUGAAUAAAAAUGAAAAAUUGAAAUGGAACGAAAAAAAUAAUCCUAAUAAAGAAGUAACGAGAGAGUUGAGAGAAAACGUAAAAGGAAAAGGUAGUAAAGAUGAUAGCUCUAUCUUAGAAGAAAGAAACAGUAAAGUGCAAGGGAAAACAGGAAAUACAGAAAGACCAAGUAAUAGUAAAGGAACGGUUCAGAAAAUAGAAAAAGUUCUUAAAGGAACUGGAACCAUAGAAAAGCAACUUCCGGAGAAGGGUGACCAGCCUAAGGAAAAAAUGAAUGAAAAAAUGUCUAUGAAUAAGAAAAUGAAUGUACAAGAUAAGGAAGAAACAAAUAGUGAAAAAACAAAGGAAACCAAAGAAAAAAAAUGUUUAGAAAAUAAGCAAGCUAUGAAAGACCGAAAGGAAAUGAAGCAGAUGAAUGAAAUUGUACAGAAAAAUGAUGUUAAUAAACAUGCUGUUAUUAGAAAGUCAGAUAAAAGGAAUUUACUCAAACCGUUAGAUAGGGAAGUAGAGAUUAACAUUUUGAAGAGUCUAUUAAAACAUGAAAUACGGAAUGAAAGAAGAGCAGAGAAAAAGACUGGGAAAGUUAAUAAAACAGUAAAAACAAAUAAAAGUAAAGUGAACACUUCUUUAGACCGUGAAAUUAGAGACCGGGAAACAAGUGAUAGCAUCGGCCAAAUUAUCCACGAAAAUAGUGAUGGUAAAUCAUGUGAAAGUGAAAAGGAUAUAAAUAUACAGGGAAUAAGUAAAAGAAAACCUGAAGAUGAUCAUAAUCACGAAUGGAAAGUUAAUAAAACAGUAAAAACAAAUAAAAGUAAAGUGAACACUUCUUUAGACCAUGAAAAUAGAGACCGAGAAACAAGUGAUAGCAUCGGCCAAAUUAUCCACAAAAAUAGUGAUGGUAAAUCAUGUGAAAGUGAAAAGGAUAUAAAUAUACAGGCAAAUAAUAAAAGAAAACCUGAAGAUGAUCAUAAUCACGAAAAUCCCAGAACAAAAAAGAAUAAAGUAUAUGAAACGGUAAAUCCAACAGUAAAUGAGACUAGUGUUGCAGUAAGCCAAGUCAGUAGUGACCAAAGCGCAGUAGAAAAAGAGCAGGUGCCUUCUAAUGAAGACGAGUCAGUGCAUUACGAAGCUGUGAAUAUUAAAGAAGAAUAUGUAAAUGAUGUUAAAUCUGAAUUUGAUGAAAAAUAUGAACCAUUAUGGGAAACGCCUGUUAAGACGGAACCAGAAGAAACCAUUGAGUGUUCAGAAAGUGAAGACUACAAUAAGAGAAUGGAACUCGAAUGUUAUCUAAGAGAGUGGAUGCAAGUCUGGGUGAUAAAGAAAAAUCUAUUUGAUGAUUUCUAUGACAUGCUUGCUUCACUUAGUAGACCUGUGUGGACAAGUGAAAACCAUUCAGUACUGUACAACAUUGAAGUAAAUAUGAGAAAUUUCUUUUUGAACAUAUAUUGUGAUCAAUUCUGGAACAUUGCAGAUGUUUGUAAAAGCAUGCAAGAGUUUCCAAAAUUACCAGAUUUCUUUAUUUCUCUAAAUAAAGCAUAGACAUUAUAUAGAUUAUAAAAUUCUUUAGUAUAUUUUUAUGAUGUAUGCUUAGGUGAAUGCUUGAUAAAUAAAACCUUAAACCAG